AUGGCAUUUUUAAAUAUCAAACCCAUUGCUUGGGCAUUUUCUAGGAUAACAUUAGGGACUGAAAUGCUAAAUUCUAUCUUCAAUUUCUACUAUGUAAAGGUUUUUUUACACCUGUACAAGAUUUCAGAAGUGGCCUUUUACCAAGCACAGAUGAUUUUAAUGAUUUGGAAUGCUCUUAAUGACAUGACUGGGUAUUUUCACAACGACUGUAAGGCUGACUGCUGUUCCAGUCGUCAUAGUUCUGUUUUGUAUGGUGGCCCUUUAUAUGCAAUAGCCUUCCUGCUUCCUUGGCUCCCUUGGAAGUACUAUCAUGAAGGUGACUGGCUUAGUGGGCUUCACCUGGUGGUAUCAUUAUCCCCAUUAUGUGCUUUUGAUAGCACGCUUACCUUUGUUCAGCAAGCCCAGUGUGUACUCUUUGCAGAAAUUUUCACUAGAUAUUUCACUAGUCGGCUAAUUAUUUAAAUUAUUUUCACUAAUUUCACUAGUCGGCUUCAGCUUAUUAAAAUCAACCAAGUGGCAUCACUGGUAGGAUCUACCAGUAUCCUUUUCUGUGGUCUCAUCUCUGAUGACAUGGAAAUUUUGCUCAGUUUUCAGGCCAUCACUGUUGAUGCUAUUCUUGCUACUGCCAGCCUUUACACUGGCAUGCGCCACGUGAGUCACUUAGAACCUAAAAGAAGCCCUGAGGAAAACCCUUUCUCUGAAACUGAAUAGGAUCUCCCCUGGACCUCCGUCAUCUCAGUGAUGAGACAAAUCUUGAUCCAGAAAAACUUUCGCCUUUUUCUGAUAAUGAAUUUCUUCCAAGUCUUCCAUUUAACCUUCUUCAGUAACUUCAUGAUGAUCUUUGUUGGUAAUCUCAUUCCUAAGGAUGUUCUUCCUUCUUCCAUAAGGAGCAUCAUGUAUGGGGCAGGCUUUCUCUGCCCACAGUGCCUUGUACUUAUCAGCCAGUCCCGGCUGAGGAAGUUUGGUUACUAUAUAUUUUCAUUCUACCUAGAAGGAACAGCCUCCAUUGUCAUGUUACUUCUUGGACAGCAAUACUAUUAUUUUUUGGCUCUUUAUCUCACUAUUAUCAUGGUGAUUGUGCAAGCUUCUUUUUGCUCAUUUAAUCUGCCACUAGCUGACAUGGUCGAUGCAGAUUUACUGAAGUUCAACUGGCAGUCACCCCUUUCCUCAAUGGUCUUUGGCAUCAAUGCUUUAUUUACCAAACCUGCUCAGUCUUUAGCUCCCAUGAAGAUACUCUCUAGGCUAAACCAGUAUGGAUAUGGAAACCCAAACAAAAGUGGUUAAGCAUCUGCCUGCCAAUGCAGGGGACACGGGUUCGAGCCCUGGUCCGGGAAGCUCCCACAUGCUGCGGAACAACUAAGCCCGUGCACCACAACUACUGAGCCUGCAUGCCACAACUACUGAAGCCCGGCUAACAAGAGAAGCCACCGCAAUGAGAAGCCCGUGCACCACAAUGAAGAAUAGCCCCUGCUCACCGCAACUAGAGAAAGCCGGCACACAGCAACGAAGACCCAAUGCAGCCAAAAAUAAAUAAAUUUUUAAAAAACUAAAAAAUAAUAAAAAGUAUACAUGAAAACA